GUAAUAAAGUCAACAAUAACUGCCAUUAACAUUCCUGUAAUUCUAUUACAAAUCAAAUACUGGAAAUUUGAUACAUAAAUAAACCUGUUGACAUUUCCCUAGUUCAAAUGCGUGUAAGGCGUUACAUUUUACCUAGAUCAUUUCAAGAUGCAGCAAUCACAUCUUUUCUGAUGAUAAUAAUUCCUUUCAUCUAUUACUUCGAGAUUUUCGUAGUGUUACCUCAUUUCUACAUAUUAUGGAGCCCCGCUUUCAUUUUUCACUUAUGCACAGGAACCUUUAUACUUUGGAAUCUAUGUUCCAAUAUAAUGGCAAUAAUUUUAUGUGACAACAGUAUUAAAGGACUCUUUUUGCCAUCAGUUCUGGGUCAUGAUUGGAAAUUCUGCUCAGUUUGUGAGAGCAUUACACCUCCUAGAUCUUGGCAUUGUGAUAUCUGUAACGUUUGUAUUCUAAAGCGAGAUCACCACUGUAAGUUUACAAGUUGUUGCAUUGGUCAUUUCAAUCAUAGGUAUUUUUAUGUAUUUGUAGUAUACAUGUUUGUAGCUACUUUAUAUGCUUCAAUUUAUAAUUUUUAUUUUAUUUAUGAUGUAGUACAUUUUGAUACAUUAGGUUCAUUGUUGAAGUUAGUAUUUCCUAUAGCAGCCUUAUUUGUAUUCUUCACAUAUAAGGAAGUGUAUUUAGCUGCUACAUUACUAACUGUAUUUGGAGCUAUGUUUACUGGAGUACUUUUAGUUUUUCACAGUAAAUUAAUAAUGAGAAAUAAGACUACACAUGAAAAACAUUAUUCUAAGUAUAAUCGUGGUAGAAUUGAAAAUAUGAAAGAUGUUUUUGGAGAAAGAUGGUACUUAGUUUGGUUAUCUCCUUUAAUUGAGAGCAAACUUCCACAGGAUGGUGUUAACUGGAUCACUUCGGAGUCAAAUAAAUCGAAAUAAUUUCAUAUAUUUGUACCAUAUAAAUUGAAUGUUGUAAUUUUAUCUCAUUGAUUGGAAAUUUAAAAAACUUAAUUUAUAAGAGACUAUUUUGAAAUGACAGCUCAUUGUGAUUUGGAUUUAUACUACAGGGUUCAAAUAAAUUUGCAUGAAUGUUGAAUGUAUUCACAUUUUACUUGUAUAUAUCAAGCAGUUAAUAUACUUUCAAUGGAAAGUUAUUAAAUCAUCAAUAAAGCCAUAAAAAGUUA